CCGGGCCGGCCGCAUGGCCCAGACCCCCGACGGCAUAUCCUGCGAGCUGCGAGGCGAGAUCACCAGGUUCCUGUGGCCCAAGGAGGCAGAGCUGCUGCUGAGAACCUGGCUGCCAGAGCGGGAGGGUGCUGAGCAAGGUCAUGUCCUGGCACUGCUCCGAUGGAGAGCCUACCUGCUCCACACCUGCCUUCCCCUGAGGGUGGACUGCACGUUCAGCUACCUGGAGGUCCAGGCCAUGGCGCUGCAGGAGACACCCCCUCAGGUCAUCUUUGAGCUGGAGUCCCUGCCUGAACUGGUCCUGGAAUUUCCUGGUGUGGCUGCCCUGGAACAGCUGGCCCAGCACAUCGCUGCUGCCAUCAGGAAGGUCUUCCCUUGCUCAACCCUUGGGAAGCUAUUCCGGAGGCCCACGCCCCCCUCCAUGCUGGCUCGGCUGGAGAGAAGCAGCCCUUCAGAGGCCACCUCGCCCAGCAGCCCCUGUGGUGGCUUUUCGGAGACAUAUGAAGCUCUGUGUGACUACAAUGGCUUCCCUUUCCGAGAGGAGAUUCAGUGGGAUGUGGACACCAUCUACCAUCGUCAGGGCUGCCGCCAUUUCAGCCUAGGCGACUUCAGCCAUCUGGGAAGUCGGGACCUGGCCUUGAGUGUGGCCGCCCUGUCUUACAACCUGUGGUUCCGGUGCCUCUCCUGCGUGGACAUGAAGCUGAGCCUUGAGGUCUUGGAACAGAUUCUGCACAUGAUGAGUCAGUCAUCCCACCUGGAGGAGCUGGUGCUGGAGACCUGUGGCCUGAGGGGAGACUUUGUCCGGCGACUGGCCCAGGCCCUGGCAGGGCACACGAGUUCCGGGUUGCGGGAGCUCAGCCUGGCGGGGAACGUGCUGGAUGACCGAGGCGUGGCUGCACUCAGCAGACACCUAGAGCAUCAUCCUGGAGCCCUAAGGAGACUCACCCUCGCGCAGACUGGGUUGACGCCGCGAGGUAGGCGGGCUGAGGAUGGCUGGGGGAGGUGGAGCUGGGAGGUGGGGCAGCCUGAUUGUGAGCCCCCUCCUCCACCACCAGGAAUGAGGGCUCUGGGCCGGGCGCUGGCUUCCAAUGCAGCCUUUGACUCUGCCCUAACCCACUUGGACCUUUCCGGGAAUCCCGGGGCACUGGGGGCCUCGGAGGACAAUGGGGGCCUCUAUAGUUUCCUGAGCCGUCCUAAUGUUCUGACGUUCCUGAAUCUCGCAGGCACUGACACCGCCCUGGACACUCUCUUCGCCUCGCUGUCCCGCGGCUGCUGCGCCAGCCUCACCCACCUCGACGCUUCGAGGAACGUGUUCUCCCGCACGAAGUCCAGGGCUGCGCCUGACGCGCUGCAGCUCUUCCUCAGCCGCGCCGCGACGCUUCGGCACCUGUGCCUGGCGGGCUGCAAGCUGCCGCCGGACGCGCUCAGGGCGCUUUUGGAAGGCCUUGCGCUCAACACGCACAUGGACGACCUGCACCUGGACCUCAGCGCUUGUGAGCUGCGCUCCGCCGGCGCUCAGGUGAUUCAAGACUUAGUGUGCGACGCUGGCGCAGUGAGCUCCCUGGAUCUGGCGGAUAAUGGCUUCGGCUCAGACAUGGUGACUCUGGUGCUGGCCAUCGGGAGGAGUCGGUCCCUGCGACACGUGGCGCUUGGAAGGAACUUCAACGUCCGGUGCAAGGAGACCCUGGACGACGUCCUGCACCGGAUUGUUCAGCUCAUGCAGGAUGACGACUGUCCCCUGCAGUCCCUGUCCGUGGCUGAGUCGCGACUGAAACUGGGCGCCAGCGUCCUGCUCCGGGCCCUGGGCGCCAAUCCUAACCUGACAGCCCUGGAUAUCAGCGGCAACGCCAUGGGGGACACCGGCGCCAAGAUGCUGGCCAAGGCGCUUCGGGUCAACACGAGGCUCCGGUCUGUGGUCUGGGACCGGAACCACACGUCUGCUGUGGGCCUGCUGGACGUGGCACAGGCCCUGGAGCAGAACCGCAGCCUGAAGGCCAUGCCUCUGCCACUGAACGAUGUGGCCCAGGCGCAGCGCAGCCGCCCUGAACUGACAGCACGUGCCGUGUACCAGAUCCAAGCCUGUCUCCUGCGGAACAACCGCGCAGACCAUGCUUCUACUGACUGCACCUCCCGCUCGAAGCCACUAGGUCUGGGGCCAGACCCCUCCGAACAGGAAGUGAAUGAACUGUGUCAGUCGGUGCAGGAGCACGUGGAGUUGCUGGGCUGUGGGGCUGGGCCCCAGGGUGAAGCUGCUGUGCACCAGGCCGAGGAGGCCAUCCAAAAUGCCAACUUCUCUCUCAGUAUUCUCCCCAUUCUACAUGAGGCUGGGAGCUCCCCAAGCCACCAAUGGCAGCUGCGGCAGAAGCUGGAGGGCCUCCUGGGACAGGUGGGCGAGGUCUGCCGCCGGGACAUUCAGGACUUCACUCAGACCACACUGGACACCACAAGGAGCCUCUGCCCACAGAUGCUGCAGGGACCCAGGUGGAGGGAGCAGCUAGAGGGGGUCCUGGGAGGCUCAAGGGGUCUCCCAGAGCUGCUCCCAGAGUACCUGCUGCAAGAUGCCUUCACGAGGCUCAGGGACAUGCGCCUGUCAGUCACAGGGACCUUGGCAGAGAGCAUUGUGGCUCAGGCUGUGGCGGGUCUGAGUGCAGCCCGGGAUCGGCUGGUGGAGAGUCUGGCUCAACAGGCAACAGAGGCAAUGCCCCCUGUCAUACGGGCACUAGAUGGAGGCGAGCCCAGCCCCCCUGGGCCUGGGGAAUUGGAAGGUCUUUUCUUCCCUGAGGAGAAGGAAAAGGAGAAUGAAGAGGAGCAGAAGGAUGACAGUCCUCCACAGAAGUGGCCUGAAUCCAACCGCUGUCUUCACCUGGUCCCCUCCACUCACAGUGCUGCUGAGGAACCAGAGCCGGAGCCCGAGCUGGCGGCUCCGGGGGAAGAUGCAGAGCCGCAGGCGGGGCCAUCCGCUCGUGGCUCUCCGAGCCCCGCCGCCCCUGGGCCCCCGGCCGGCCCGUUGCCUCGCAUGGACCUGCCACCCGCCGGGCAGCCCCUGCGCCAUCCGACCCGGGCCCGGCCGCGGCCACGGCGCCAGCACCACCACCGCCCGCCGCCGGGGGGCCCCCAGGUGCCCCCGGCCCUGCCGCAGGAAGGGAAUGGGCUCAGUGCCCGUGUGGACGAGGGCGUGGAGGAAUUCUUCUCCAAAAGGCUGAUCCAUCAGGAUCGCCUCUGGACCCCCGAGGAGGACCCGGCAGCCGAGGGGGGUACCACCCCUGUCCCCCGUACACUUCGAAAGAAGCUGGGCACUCUCUUUGCCUUCAAGAAGCCUCGUUCAACACGUGGGUCACGGCCUGAUCUAGAGACCAGCCCUGGGGCAGCUCCCCGCUCUCGAAAAACCACACUUGGGGACUUGCUUCGGCCACCAGCCCGUCCUGGCCGUGGUGAGGAGGCUGGUGGGGCUGAGGGGGGCACCAGCAGCCCCGACCCCACCCGCAGGAGUCGGCCUCGAUACACUCGGGAAAGCAAGGCCUACUCCAUGAUACUGCUACCUGCUGAGGAGGAGGAGACAACACUGGGUGCCAGACCUGACAAGCAGCAGCCCCUGGAGCGGGGAGACACAGAGCUGGCCCCAACCUUCGAACAGCGAGUACAAGUGAUGCUGCAGAGGAUCGGCGUGAGCAGAGGCAGCGGGAGUGCCGAAGGCAAGAGGAAGCAAAGCAAAGAUGGAGAGAUCAAGAAGGCUGGCUCAGAUGGUGACAUUAUGGACAGUUCCACAGAGGCCCCUCCCAUCUCGAUCAAGUCCCGCACCCACUCUGUGUCUGCUGACCCUUCAUGCAGACCUGGUCCAGGGGGCCAGGGGCCCGAGUCUGCCACCUGGAAGACACUAGGGCAGCAGCUGAAUGCAGAGCUCAGGGGCCGUGGUUGGGGUCAACAGGAUGGUCCAGGCCCCCCCUCCCCUUGUCCCAGCCCAAGCCCCCGAAGAGCCAGCCCCUCCCCAGACAGCCUGGGCCUCCCAGAGGAUUCCUGCUUAGGCUCCAGGAAUGAAGAUGGCCAGCUGAGGCCGAGGCCUCUCUUGGCGGGGCGACGAGCAGUGUCUGUGCAUGAGGACCAGCUCCAGGCCCCUGUUGGUGAGGGGAGACACCUCCAUGUGUGCUUGAGUGCAGGAGGAGAUGGGGGAGGGUGGGCUCCCUUCGAGGCUCUGGUCCUCGGAGGGGGCCACCAGUGGCAUGAGGGGUUGAGAAAUCAGGGAGCCAGAGGCCAGGAGCAAGGGUCUGCGAAGCCCUUCCUACUAGCCCUGGCUCUACCUCCACAAGAGCAACCUCUGCCAGGGGUGGGAGGAUGCCGGGGAAGGGGGAGGCUCUGAAGGCAAGUGUGUGUGGGGGUCGAGGACAGGCAGCAAGCCCUUAGCAACCCUCCCCAAGUCUUUCUGUAUCCCUCAGAACGGCCCCUGCGGCUGCAGCGCUCCCCUGUCCUCAAGCGCAGGCCAAAGCUUGAGACACCUCCAUCUCCAAGCAUAGGUAAAGGGGGCUGGAGCCAGUUGGGUGGGCGGCGGGACUGCU